AUGUGCAUUGUCGAUCGAUUCAGCUAUUAUCAGAACCAAGGCCGUCGAAAACAUUUUGUUACAUUCUUUCUUUCUUUCUUUCUUUCUUUCUUUUUCGUUCAUUCCUUUAAUGUAUCAGAAUGGAAAGGUUUCCUUAAGGAUGAAGUUGACAAAGAAUUUUUUUUUCCUCCCGGGGGCAACAAGAAAAUGAGUAAAACUUGUUUAAAUAAACUAAUUACACUAUCUAUCUAUCUAUCUAUCUAUCUAUCUAUCUAUCUAUCUAUCUAUCUAUCUAUCUAUCUAUUAUUAUUAUUAUUAUUAUUAUUAUUAGUACUAAAAAAAUGGUACAAACUUGAUUUUUAUUCCAUCUGUUCUUUCUCACCUUUGGAUAUCUAUCUAUCUAUCUAUCUAUCUAUCUAUCUAUCUAUCUAUCUAUCUAUCUAUCUAUCUGUCAAUUUAAGCCUGUCUGUCUGUCUGUCUAUCUAUCUGUCUAUCUAUGUCUCUUAUGCACACUAUCUAUCUAUCUAUCUAUCUAUCUAUCUAUCUAUCUAUCAUCUAUCUAUCUAUCUAUCUAUCUAA